GCGAGUCACGCUCGUUUUUAUACUCGUCCGGGUGCGAGCGGAGCACGUCGCGUUCGGGCGGUGGUGACGGUUUCGCGCCUAUAAUUCACGCGCGGCGGUUACGUCGUGGUCUCCUAUCACUGGUCUCGGGCGAGCCAUGACGCGUGCCGGCGGCGGUGGCUCGGGGUCCACGGCCGAGUAAACGACGUGCGAGUUAUUCGUCGUGAGAUAUAUAUAUGUAUAUUUAUACGUAUCUUAAUGAGCGUGUUACGGUGCGGUGACCACCCGUGUGUAUGUAUAUAUAAUAUAAUAUACGGUUGAGUGCGACGAUUUUGUUUUUGUGGCUGCAGCGGUGACGGAGGCGUAGGAGUCGGUGGCGGCAGUGGCAGCGGCGGCGACGGAGGCGGAAACGACCAAAAACAUUGUACGAUUUUUGGCGCGUGUUGACGAUUUUCCGUUGAUACACAUAUACAUCGAGCAUAUUACGAUUUCUAAGGAGACAUUGAGAGGCAGAUAGAAACAACCAUGAAUUGGACGACAAUGGCCGCGUUGGUAAACAGUACAUCAGACGAAUACGAGGACUUGACAGGGACGGAGGAGUCAGUAGCUUGCAGAUCGACUUUCGGCGACCGUUUCCCGCUUUCGGCGGUGUUGAUGGUGUUCUGUAUGGUGACUGUGUUCGGUAAUUGUCUGGUCAUCAUUGCGGUGGUCCGGGAACGGUACCUGCACACGGCGACCAAUUACUUCAUCACGUCUUUGGCGUUCGCCGACUUCCUGGUCGGGCUGGUGGUGAUGCCGGUAAGCGCCGUACAGGAGGUGCUCGACCACUACUGGACGUUCGGCAUAAACGCCUGUGACGUCUGGCGGUCGUUGGACGUGUUGUUCAGCACGGCAUCCAUACUGAACCUAUGUGUGAUAUCGCUAGACCGGUAUUGGGCCAUCACCGACCCGUUCACGUACCCGACAAAAAUGAGCCGGAAGCGGGCUUACCGGCUGAUCGCCGCCGUGUGGGUGUGCAGCGGCGUUAUCAGCUUCCCGGCCAUCAUAUGGUGGCGGCUGGUCCGCACCGAACCGGUACCCAGCAACACGUGUCCGUUCACAAACAGCACCGGUUACCUGAUAUUCUCGUCAACCAUAUCGUUUUACGUGCCACUGCUGGUCAUGGUAUUUACCUACUACAAGAUUUACACGGCGGCCGUCACGCAAACUCGGUGUCAGCGGCUGGGCACCAAAGUGCUUUCGUCCACCCCGUCGUCCGGCGGUGGUUCUGGUGGUGGCAGCGGUGGCGGUGGUGGAGGCGGUGGAAGCGGCGGUAGUGGUGGAGCCGGUGGCGGUCGUAUGGAGCUCACAUUGCGAAUACACCGGGGCGGCGGGAUGACUACGUCCGCGUCGGCCGCGCACGGCGGUAGCGGAGGCUACACGCGAGCUCACCAGCUGCAGAAAAACUUCUCGUUAAGCCGAAAGCUGAGCAAGCUGUCCCGCGAGAAAAAAGCGGCAAAGACGCUGGGCAUCGUCAUGGGCGUGUUCAUCGUCUGUUGGCUGCCAUUUUUCGUCGUCAACCUGCUGUCCGGGUUUUGCGACGAGAGCUGCGUGUUCAAAGACCAACUGCUAUCGUCCGUGGUCGCCUGGCUCGGGUGGAUCAACAGUGGCAUGAAUCCCGUGAUCUAUGCCUGUUGGAGCAGAGAUUUUCGCAGGGCAUAUGGUCGAAUUUUGUGUGUAUGUUGUCCUAGAAAGGUUCGAAGAAAAUAUCGAAGACCGCUACGCUACAGAUCUAGUCAAUACAUGGGAGCAUCUAUGGUAUUAGCUCCGGCCACGGUCACAUAUGCUACCGUCAACCAACAAGAUAUGUUCAACAUCUGAAACGGCUUUAAAAACUUAAGAUAGUUGAAUGAGUGGGCGCGAAAACGCUCAAAAUGAAAGAUUCGCAUCGAGAUAUCAAUCAAAUAAGUAUAAUUUUAUGUUGUUUUUACUUUUUUUUUCCUUGUUCUUUUAUAUCUUCUACAAUACCUGGUCGUAUAAUUCACUAUAUGAUAAAUAGAUAUUGUUCCAAUGAUAGUUUUUAAUUCUGUCUUUUAAAACGAAUUUUUGGUGGACAGCGAUCUUUCCCUUAAAAAGAUUAAUACAGCACCAUGGAUGGAAUGAAAUACAACAAUAAUUCUUCAUUGAUCUUUACCUCAUCCUUCUAUUUUUAUUUUUAUUUGACAUUAUUAUACACUAGUUAAAUAAAAUAAUAAAUGCUCACUUUGAUG